AUGGCAUCAAAACGUAAUAUCCGCUAUAGUCGUCUUGCUGUAGAUGAAGAUAGUGAUUAUGAUGGUAGCAGCCAAAAUCGACAUGACCCGAGAUUUGAUUAUGCACCUAGAACAUACGACAAGAUUCCUUGGAAGUCGAUAUUUCUAGCUAUUUUCUUGCUCCUACUCGGUUGUUUCCUACUCUUGCUUGCAUUCUUCAUAUUCACGGGUCACAUGGGAGGGGAGCUUUCUCAAGCAUACGGCUUCUUAGGACUCGGAUUUCUUACCUUUGUUCCAGGCUUUUAUGAAACUCGGAUUGCAUAUUACUCCUGGAGAGGUACACAAGGAUACCGUUUUGCCUCGAUUCCCGACUAUUGA